CGACACAAAAGGCUUUCCUCUUGAUGAACUUUGUUGUGAAUGGAUGUAAGAGUUGUGCAUUACAUCUUCCAUAGUUCUUCAACUAGCUGUUCUAUAACUUGGCUAACAAAAUUAUUGUAUGGCAUUCUAACAGUGAGGACUGCUCUUUUCUGUUUCUACAAGACCGUGUUUCUCGUUAAAUCCAAGGCACUCGAAAUGGUGCUUUUGGAUCUGCCUAAUCUUCUAUUUUUUUCAACAUAUAUUCUGCUUGUUCUUUUCUGGGCAGAGAUAUAUUACCAGGCAAGAAGUCUUCCAAUUAAUAAACUUAGGCCUGCAUACUAUAGCAUCAACGGAUUUAUAUACUUAGCUCAGGAAUGCAUAUGGAUUUCCAUACGGUUAAGUAAAAGCCCGAUUGCAAUCGAAUUAGCUAGUCUUCAUUUCAAGUGUAUUUCUUUGCAUUUUGCAGUUGUUUCGCUUUGUGCUGCAUCCGGGUUCAUUCUAUAUGGUGGGAGAUUGUUCUACAUGUUGAGACGCUUCCCCAUCGAAUCCAGAGGUAGCCAGAAAAAGCUGUUUGAGGUUGGCUUCGUAACAGGGAUAUGUUGUGCUUGUUUCGUGCUAAGAUGCCUCAUGGUCUUAGUCUCAGCCUUUGACGAGGAUGCCGAUGUCGAUGUUCUAUACCAUCCCCUCCUAAACCUUAUCUACUACAUGUUGGUGGAGAUUCUUCCGUCAGCUUUGGUUUUGUUUAUACUUCGGAAAUUGCCUCCUAAGCGAGUUUCCGAUAAGCACCGUCCCAUCAAAUGAAGAGUUGAAUGCAUU